GGAAAGGGGCGGAGCUGCGGGGGCGGUUGGCGGAGGCUGGGUCCUGCGCUGUGUAGCAGCGCACGUGUUUCAGCCGGAAGUGCUUAAGAAUCCCAGGGUUGGAAUCCGAAAUGGAAGCACAGAGCGCCGUAGCAGAGGAGGGCUUUACCCAGGUCACUCGCAAGGGUGGUCGGCGGGCGAAGAAACGGCAGGCUGAACAGCUGUCCGCAGCGGGAGAGGGCGGGGAUGCAGGCCUUAUGGACACAGAAGAGGCCAGGCCGGCGAAGAGGCCCGUCUUCCCGCCCCUCUGCGGCGAUGGGCUCCUGGGUGGGAAAGAAGAAACAAGGAAAAUUCCAGUCCCAGCUAACAGAUACACACCAUUAAAAGAAAACUGGAUGAAGAUAUUUACUCCUAUUGUGGAACAUUUGGGACUUCAGAUACGCUUUAACUUGAAAUCAAGGAAUGUAGAAAUCAGGACUUGUAAAGAAACCAAGGAUGUUAGUGCUCUGACAAAAGCAGCUGAUUUUGUGAAAGCCUUUAUUCUCGGCUUUCAGGUGGAGGAUGCACUUGCUCUCAUCAGGUUGGAUGACCUCUUCCUAGAGUCUUUUGAAAUUACAGAUGUUAAACCCUUAAAGGGAGACCAUCUAUCUAGGGCAAUAGGAAGAAUUGCUGGCAAAGGAGGAAAAACCAAAUUCACCAUAGAGAAUGUGACACGGACACGGAUAGUUUUGGCUGAUGUGAAAGUUCACAUCCUUGGCUCCUUCCAAAACAUCAAGAUGGCAAGAACUGCCAUUUGCAACCUAAUCUUGGGAAAUCCUCCUUCCAAGGUUUAUGGCAAUAUUCGAGCUGUGGCUAGCAGAUCAGCAGAUCGAUUCUGAUUUCAAGUCAGAGACUUUUUAUCUUGCCUUUGGACUCUGCAGAAAAAUACUUUAUGGGUGGUCACAAGAAACCAUCUGAAAAAUUGCAGUCAUUUGAAGCCUCCAUCCUCUCUUCAUUCUCAGCCAGAAGCAUAAAAAGAAAAGUUUAAGAGUAUUCACACUGAACAGAUUUUAGGAUAAUUUAAAUAUCAAAAAUUGAUUCUAUUAUACCCACACAUUAGAUAUAAUUUAUCAUUUCUUUGAAAUCACUUGUAGCAGACUGCAUAGUUUAUAAUCCUCUUGGUAACUUCUUGUUUAAACAGCGCUAUGUGAAUUUAUACUUUUAUAAAUUCAUAACUUCAUAAAAAUUUAUAAACAUUUCUUCUUUAUAAAUUGUAAUUUAAUAGAUUAUCUUAGAAAAACUCUC